AUGCUGGACCCUUCGUCCAGCGAAGAGGAAUCCGAUGAGAUCCUGGAAGAAGAGAGCGGCAAGGAGGUGCUGGGCUCGGCCGCGUCCGGAGCGCGCCUGUCUCCAAGCCGCACCAGCGAGGGCUCGGCGGGCAGCGCCGGGAUGGGGGGCGGCGGCGCCGGGGCCGGGGUGGGCGCCGGCGGCGGCGGGGGUAGCGGCGCGAGCAGCGGCGGCGGGGCCGGGGGGCUGCAGCCCAGCAGCCGAGCCGGCGCUGGCCGGCCCUCCAGCCCCAGCCCGUCGGUGGUGAGCGAGAAGGAGAAGGAAGAGUUGGAGCGGCUGCAGAAGGAGGAGGAGGAGAGGAAGAAGAGGCUGCAGCUGUACGUGUUCGUGAUGCGCUGCAUCGCCUACCCCUUCAACGCCAAGCAGCCCACCGACAUGGCUCGGCGGCAGCAGAAGAUCAGCAAGCAACAGCUGCAGACAGUCAAGGACCGGUUCCAGGCUUUCCUCAAUGGGGAGACUCAGAUUGUGGCCGACGAAGCCUUCAUGAAUGCCGUCCAGAGCUACUAUGAGGUGUUUCUCAAGAGUGACCGUGUGGCCCGCAUGGUGCAGAGUGGUGGCUGCUCAGCCAACGAUUCUCGGGAGGUCUUCAAGAAGCACAUUGAGAAGAGGGUGCGCAGCCUGCCUGAGAUUGACGGGCUCAGCAAGGAGACCGUGCUAAGCUCCUGGAUGGCCAAGUUUGAUGCCAUCUACCGUGGUGAGGAGGAUCCCAGGAAGCAACAGGCCCGGAUGACAGCCAGCGCAGCUUCUGAGUUGAUUCUGAGCAAGGAACAGCUAUACGAGAUGUUCCAGAACAUUCUUGGUAUCAAGAAAUUUGAGCAUCAACUCCUGUAUAACGCCUGUCAGCUGGACAAUCCAGAUGAGCAGGCAGCCCAGAUCAGACGAGAGCUGGAUGGACGUCUCCAAAUGGCAGACCAAAUAGCCAGGGAACGCAAAUUUCCUAAGUUCGUAUCCAAAGAAAUGGAGAACAUGUACAUUGAGGAGCUCAAGUCCUCGGUCAACCUGCUCAUGGCCAACUUAGAGAGCAUGCCGGUGUCCAAGGGUGGAGAGUUCAAGCUGCAGAAACUCAAACGGAGCCACAACGCUUCCAUCAUUGACAUGGGAGAGGAGAGUGAGAACCAGCUGUCCAAGUCCGAUGUCCUGCUCUCCUUCUCCCUGGAGGUGGUGAUCAUGGAAGUUCAAGGCCUUAAAUCCUUGGCUCCAAAUCGCAUCGUGUACUGCACCAUGGAGGUGGAGGGCGGGGAAAAACUGCAGACGGAUCAAGCUGAAGCUUCAAAACCAACCUGGGGCACCCAAGGCGACUUCUCCACCACGCAUGCGCUGCCAGCUGUUAAAGUAAAGCUUUUCACCGAGAGCACUGGCGUCCUGGCCCUGGAAGACAAGGAGCUCGGGCGGGUUAUCCUCCACCCCACCCCUAACAGUCCCAAACAAUCUGAGUGGCACAAAAUGACAGUCUCCAAAAACUGCCCCGAUCAAGACCUCAAAAUCAAACUUGCUGUCCGAAUGGAUAAGCCUCAAAACAUGAAGCACUCCGGAUACUUAUGGACCAUCGGUAAGAACGUGUGGAAGCGAUGGAAGAAGAGGUUCUUCGUGCUGGUGCAGGUCAGCCAGUACACUUUUGCCAUGUGCAGCUAUCGCGAGAAGAAAGCAGAGCCCCAGGAACUCCUACAGCUGGACGGCUACACCGUGGAUUACACUGACCCCCAGCCAGGUUUGGAGGGUGGCCGAGCCUUCUUCAAUGCCGUCAAAGAAGGAGACACGGUGAUAUUUGCAAGUGAUGACGAGCAGGAUCGCAUCUUGUGGGUCCAAGCCAUGUACCGGGCCACGGGGCAGUCGCAUAAACCUGUGCCCCCGACCCAGGUGCAGAAGCUCAACGCCAAGGGUGGAAAUGUUCCUCAGCUGGAUGCCCCCAUCUCGCAAUUCUCUGGACUGAAGGAUGCAGACAGAGCUCAAAAGCACGGCAUGGAUGAAUUUAUCUCUUCCAACCCCUGUAACUUUGACCACGCUUCCCUCUUUGAGAUGGUGCAGCGACUGACUUUGGAUCACAGACUUAACGAUUCCUAUUCUUGCCUGGGCUGGUUCAGUCCUGGCCAGGUGUUUGUAUUAGAUGAGUAUUGCGCUCGAAAUGGAGUCCGAGGAUGUCAUCGGCAUCUCUGCUACCUUAGAGACUUGCUGGAACGGGCAGAAAAUGGCGCCAUGAUUGACCCCACACUUCUCCACUACAGCUUUGCCUUCUGUGCUUCCCAUGUCCAUGGUAACAGGCCUGACGGAAUCGGAACUGUGACGGUUGAAGAGAAAGAGCGCUUCGAAGAAAUCAAAGAGAGGCUCCGAGUUCUGCUGGAGAAUCAGAUUACGCAUUUUAGAUAUUGCUUUCCGUUUGGUCGGCCUGAAGGUGCUCUGAAAGCUACUCUCUCGCUCUUGGAACGGGUUCUGAUGAAAGACAUUGUCACUCCAGUACCACAAGAAGAGGUCAAAACCGUCAUCCGCAAAUGCCUAGAGCAGGCUGCCCUGGUCAACUACUCACGCCUGUCCGAGUAUGCCAAAAUUGAAGAGAAUCAAAAGGAUGCAGAAAAUGUAGGCCGCUUAAUCACUCCUGCCAAAAAGCUCGAAGACACAAUCCGUCUUGCUGAACUAGUCAUUGAAGUGCUUCAACAAAACGACGAGCAUCACGCAGAGCCACAUGUUGAUAAAGGAGAAGCCUUUGCGUGGUGGUCAGACUUAAUGGUGGAGCAUGCGGAGACGUUCCUGUCGCUCUUUGCGGUGGACAUGGAUGCAGCCUUAGAGGUGCAACCCCCAGACUCGUGGGACAGUUUCCCACUGUUCCAGCUGCUGAAUGACUUUCUCCGUACAGACUAUAAUUUGUGCAAUGGAAAAUUUCACAAGCACCUGCAGGACCUGUUUGCCCCACUUGUUGUUAGAUAUGUGGAUCUGAUGGAGUCCUCAAUUGCACAAUCCAUCCACAGGGGCUUUGAGCGGGAGUCAUGGGAACCAGUCAAGAGUUUAACCAGUAACCUACCCAAUGUGAACCUACCCAAUGUGAACCUACCCAAAGUUCCAAAUCUACCAGUUAACAUCCCUCUAGGCAUCCCACAAAUGCCUACUUUUUCGGCACCGUCAUGGAUGGCUGCUAUAUAUGAUGCUGAUAACGGAUCAGGUACCUCAGAAGAUUUGUUCUGGAAACUCGACGCCCUUCAGACUUUCAUCCGUGACCUACACUGGCCUGAGGAAGAGUUCGGAAAACACUUGGAACAGCGGCUAAAGCUGAUGGCUAGUGACAUGAUUGAGUCCUGCGUCAAACGAACCAGGAUUGCGUUUGAAGUUAAGCUGCAAAAAACCAGUCGAUCAACAGAUUUUCGAGUCCCACAGUCAAUAUGCACCAUGUUUAAUGUUAUGGUUGAUGCCAAAGCUCAAUCAACAAAACUUUGCAGCAUGGAAAUGGGCCAAGAGCAUCAAUACCAUUCAAAAAUAGAUGAACUCAUUGAAGAAACCGUUAAAGAAAUGAUCACACUCUUGGUGGCAAAGUUUGUAACGAUUCUGGAAGGUGUCCUGGCGAAGUUAUCCAGAUAUGACGAGGGGACUUUGUUUUCUUCUUUUCUGUCAUUUACGGUGAAGGCAGCUUCCAAGUAUGUGGACGUGCCUAAACCUGGGAUGGAUGUGGCCGAUGCCUACGUGACUUUCGUCCGCCACUCUCAGGAUGUCCUACGUGAUAAGGUCAAUGAGGAGAUGUAUAUAGAAAGGUUAUUUGAUCAAUGGUACAACAGCUCCAUGAAUGUCAUCUGCACCUGGCUGACCGACCGGAUGGACCUACAGCUUCACAUUUACCAGCUGAAAACCCUCAUUAGGAUGGUGAAGAAAACCUAUAGAGAUUUCCGAUUGCAAGGCGUCCUGGAUUCUACCUUAAACAGCAAGACCUAUGAGACCAUCCGAAACCGCCUCACUGUGGAGGAAGCUACAGCGUCAGUGAGCGAGGGUGGGGGCUUACAGGGCAUCAGCAUGAAGGACAGCGAUGAGGAAGAUGAAGAAGACGACUAG